AAUAUAUAAUUUAUUCCAAAGUCAUUGCUGCUUGGCAACCAAGUUCCGCAUUCACUUCACGUUUUCUAUCGCCACGUCGUGUACGUUUGGCUCGUAGAUUGGUUUUUUACUUCUUGAUCUUUAAUAAGUGAGGUAAUUCAGUAUUGAUAAUUUUCUUCGUCUUUCUCUUUCCACCUACAGAGUUUUUCAAAAAAAAUAACAGAGGUUCUUCCUCCUAACGUUCACUCAGAUGAUGAUCCGACGGGAUCCUUCAUACCCUCGAAUAAACCUCGACACACCUGAUAGUCUAUCCGGUGGUGGGCAGACAGAUAUUCCGGAGCAGGUUGCAAAUCCACUGUGCAUUCGAACAGUCGAGCACCGGCCUCUCACCGCGCAACGUUCCGUUCUUCUCUCGAAUACGUCAACGGAACGAGCUGCAGCUCGCACUUUUCCUCGCCGUUCUCUCUCCUGAACGAGGAACGAAGGCAGAGUUCCGCAUUGACUGUCAGUAAAAUACCAUAUCGAACACACUGGAUCUACAAAGAGAUUCGCGAGGGUGAUGUGAGCUUCGAGCAUUGGAUUUACGAAAAUCACGUGGAUAUACGUGACUACUAUUUAAACGGCUGCAUAGGAAAUUUCUGCAAGAUGGACCGAUAAACAAGACAACGGUCGCGUGACAUGAGAGAACGGCUGCGAAAAUGAUGAGGAUGAGGAGCGGCAUGAAUGGACGAGGAGUCGGCGACAAUGACGAAGGAACUUUGAUCCUGCUCCUCGUCGCAUUGACUCCUGUUAUCUGCUCCGCCGGAAUUCUGGACCCUUGGCAGUGGGCGCGCAGCGAUCGGAUCGAAGUCAACAUACCUUGGCUGCCUUUCGAAAACGAGACACGCUGCUACGACGAGUUGGGUUGCCUAAACAUCACCAGGAGCUGGUAUCACCUCAUUCAUCGACCUCUGAACGUUUUCCCAUUACCGCGAGAAGUCAUUAAUACCAGAUUCAUCCUCUACACGAAUCAAAAUCCUCUGGACGGUCAAAUAUUAAAAGUGGCCAAGAAUAAAUCCAUCGAAAACUCGAACUUCAAUCCUAAGCGACAAACCAAAUUCAUUAUACAUGGCUUUAUAGACACUCCACUCAGCAACUGGGUCAAGGAAAUGAGGAGUGAGCUGUUGGUGCACGGUGAUUACAAUGUUAUCGUAGUCGACUGGGCUGGUGGAAGUCUACCUUUGUACACCCAAGCGACAGCGAACACGAGACUGGUUGGACUCGAAAUAGCUCAUCUCAUCAAGCACUUACAAACAAACUAUAGCUUAGAUCCGAAUGACAUACAUUUAAUCGGACACAGCCUCGGUGCCCACACGGCCGGUUAUGCGGGCGAGAAAUUGGGCGGCAAUAUUGGACGUAUUACCGGGUUAGAUCCUGCAGAGCCAUAUUUCCAAGGAAUGCCGAACCAUCUUCGCCUAGAUUACACGGACGCCCAACUGGUAGACGUAAUUCAUACCGAUGGAAAGAGCAUAUUUUUCUUAGGAUAUGGGAUGAGCCAACCUUGCGGACACCUGGAUUUCUAUCCUAACAACGGCAAGGAACAGCCCGGCUGCACAGAUCUGAGCGAGACCACACCAUCGCUGCCGCUUACCUUAAUACGAGAGGGCCUCGAGGAGGCUUCGCGCGUCUUGGUCGCCUGCAACCACGUGCGUGCGCUCAAGCUCUUCAUCGAGAGCAUCAACUCCAAGUGCCAGUACGUGGCGCACGAGUGCUCGAGCUACGCGAGCUUCUUGCGAGGCGAGUGCUUCUCCUGCAAGAGCAACAACAGCCUGAGCUGCGGUGUGAUGGGUUACCACGCGGACACCAGUCCUGCGCUGAUAAAACGCCAAGCCAUGGGACAAGAUGUUUCAUCCUUGUUGGGCUCCAAAUUCUUCUUUAUGACGGGCAAGGAUGACCCAUAUUGCAGAAGACAUUAUAGAAUUACCAUCAACCUCGCCCGACCGCCGACCGCGGAAAGCUGGGUACAGGGCUUCAUGAAAGUCACUCUCCACGCCGACAAAGGCAUGAUACGCAACAUGGAUCUCACGCCCAGCGGUUACAUGAAACUGGAGCACGGAUCGACCGCGCGGAUGGUCGUUGCUCAUCCGACAGGUUCCAUCGGCAACAUCGGUAAGAUCCGACGGGUUGAGCUCUCCUGGGUCUAUGACAUGGACGUACUGCAACCCAGAUCCCUGUGCUUCUUCUGGUGUAAUGAUCGUCUGUACGUUAACAGCGUCAAAGUAGAUGCUAUGGAUCUUCCGGGCAGAGGAAAACGCGAAGCGGAUUUCUCCAGCAAGCUCUGCUCGGUUAGCAGACAGGAGUACGCAGAGAUCGCGAGCGGAUCCACCGCCACGUUCGUCGACAAUUGCUGACGAUCUGUUCCGCGGCAGGAAAUCGCAUUUUGGGCGCGUCAUAUAAUUACAAAACGCAGCUGCUACUAUCCAGAGGCGGUUCUCGAAAGUCGGACAAUGAUGAUGAUGAUGAUGAUGAUGAUGAUGAUGAUGAUGAUGAUGAUGAUGAUGAUGAUGAUGAUGAUGACGAUAAUGAUAAUGAAACGAAACGAGAGAAUCGCGGCCCCUCGUAAUCCUCUAAUAAUUUCUUUCGCCGAUAAUAUAGCGAUAGGAGAGACGGUUUUAUGUACUUGUGCUCUCUUUCUCUAUUUUUCGCAAUCUGUCGCUUUUUUUCAAAUGCGGCCCAACGGCACGAGCUACCAAUUAACAUUUCUAUGGACGAGACGAUCUGACGCAACUCACUGCUCUAUAUAUCUAACUGAGUUCCUAGAGAUCUGUCCGUCGGCGAAGAUUUUAAUAACGCGAUUGAUUGCGAAAGCAGUUCGUUCGCAGGAAGAGAAAUUCUUAGCGAAUAGAUGUCUAGAAGCGAAAUCAAAGCCGUGAGCGAUAGAAAAGUUAACUUUUCGCUCUUUUUCUUUUUGAUAACGAUUUCUUCAGUAUUAAUAUUAAUCAAUUUACUAUGUACAUGUUGUAUAUAACAGUAGACGUAACGCAUUAAAAUUAAUUUCUUAUGAAUGUGAUUAUCGCUAGAGAGUCUUGAGUGAUCCCUAAUGUAAGGCUCCUAUUAAGCCGAUCUAUGUAUUAUACAUUGAGACACUUAUUUUGUUUUAUGAUGAUAUGAUUAUCGUAUUGUCUCUCGCAAUACAAAUAUAACGAUAGGUUGUGAUAUUCUCUUGCUUAAGAACUAUAAAAAAAAAGAUGCGCAAAAUGCGGUGACUCAAAGACGACAAACUAUACUGCUAUUUGCUCAUAAUCUUUAUAAAUAAAAUGUACAAAACAUGUAAUGAAAAGGCAAUUCUUGUUUAUGACAAGAAUACUCCGAGCUAUUUUUUUUUAUAUCUGUAUAGAUUGUUGCAUUGUAAAAUAAAGUUUAUUAGUUAUAAGUAUGGAUACUAUUGCACAAAAAUAAAAUGGGGAUAUUUUUAUAAAAUGUGAGAUUUAUGUGUUCGUGGAAGUUUAUGUAAAAUGUGUUAUAUUUGUUCUUGGAGAUCUCGGGGGAAGAAACACACUUGCGACUACAGCUUGCUAAUCUUUCGCAGUGUUUACUCCUCGAUAAAACGCUUUACACGUUAAUCCGCUUAUACAAAAAGAUUAUCGCGGAGCGCAGCUAUACACGGUAACACAUGAUUCUUCUCUUUUAUCUUACACGAGAUUCAACAAUGAUUGAGUAAAAAAGCCGUCCACGUUUGUUCGACGCGGUAACAAGGGAUUGGUAAAAUAUAUAAUAUGAUAUAAUAUAGCGAUAUACAUAAUAUAAUCUAAUAUAAUCUCUAAAA